UUUCGAAAUCGGAUUCUGAGGUCUGUGUUAAGAGUAAUCUUAAUUUCAAAUAUAUUCAAAAAGGGCAAAUUCACGAAAUUGACCACCCAAAUGAUGGAAUUUGCUCAAAAUCCACUCGGAUCCAUCCUACUUAAAAUCACGUUUUCCAUUGACCCACUAAAUUUCACGUGAUUCCGAAUCCAACCCGUUUUUUACCUUUGCCUUACCUAUCCCUUUGAUCCAAGAAUUGUAUGACCAUACAUGCCACAUCACUCUCUCUCUCUCUCUCUCUCUCUACAUAACAGUUUCAAUUGCACACUACACACAAUAGUGUGCAUACUCUUAUUGUACGUAUAAAAGGUAGAAACUUUGCAGACACAAAAUGAACUUGUGUAAUCUUCCAACCUAUACAAGAUACAAGCGAUAUGAGUCCCUGCAAAACUAAGGACACAAGUUACAUAUAUGCCAACACAAUAUCAACACAAUCAACAGGUUCAACUGCUAAAGCAAAGCCUACUUUCGGCCUCACUAGUCCAAACCUCCUACUUUUUCUUAUUUGGGACAACCAAUUUGGCAGAACCCUUCCAAUUUCAAUUUCAAAUGCUUCAAACCUUACAAUUCUUGACUUCAAUACCAUGAAUUUUCAAAUGGCCUAUUGACUUUAGAAAGUUGCAGAAACUAGAAAGGUUGAAUUUGUAUGGGAAUGGUCUGGGAAGUGGGGAAGCCAACGAACUCAGUUUCAUCUCCUCUUUGACCGACUGUAGAAAAUUGAUAGUAUUGUAUCUAGAUGAAAAUAAUUUCGGAGGGAUAUUGCCUAAUUCCAUUGCCAACCUCUCAAAUUCUCAAUCCAACUCAACUCUUUUCAGCUGCAGCAAAUGAAAUAUAUGGGAGCAUUCCAACAGGUAUUGAAAACCUUGUCAACUUAAAUUCUCUGACUUCGUAUUACAACAAACUCUCAGGAAGUCUUCCAACCUCUAUUUGUAAACUCCAUAAGCUACAAGAAGUUGGUAUUGGUAAAAACAAGUUGUCAGAGAAAAUCCCUUCCUGUAUUGGAAAUUUAACAUUAUUGAACAAGCUUUGGCUAAAGCAAAACAAUCUUGAAGGAAGCAUACCUUCAAGUUUUGGAAAUUGCCAGAAUUUAUUGUUUUUGAGACUUUAUAGUAAUAACCUGAGUCAGCAUACCCCAAACAUUGAUGAAUUUGUCAUCUUUGUCGAUAUCCUUAGACCUUGAUGAUAACCAUCUCAGUCGUUCCAUACCAAUAGAAGUGGGCAACUUGAGAAAGCUGGUUAAAUUAAACCUUUCCCAUAAUGAGUUGUCUGGUGGGAUUCAAAAGCAGCCUAAGUAGUUGUGAAACUUCGGAAUACCUUUAUAUGGAUCAUAAUUUCUUUAGAGGAACUAAUCCACAAUCUUUCAGAUUUUUGAGAGCCACUGAAGUUCUAGAUCUUUUGUGCAACAAUCUCUCCGGUGAAAUUCCCAAGACUUUAGGUACUCUUCCGUGUUUGAGGAAUUUAAGCCUGUCUUUGAAUUUCGAUUUAUGGAAAUAAUAAGCUUUGUGGAGGAAUAAGCCAAUAAAGCAUGGUAAUAAUUUCAAAGCCCUUGUAUUUGAGUUCAUGCCAAAUGGAAGCCUCAACACUUGGUUGCAUCCAAUUCCAUCAACUGGGGUACAUAGGGAACCAAAGAGUUUAAACCUUCUUCAACGCAUAAAUGUAGCAAUUGAUGUGGCCUCUGCUUUGGAUUAUCUUCAUAAUCACUGCCACACGCCAAUCAUACAUUGUGACUUAAAGCCAAGCAACAUUCUUCUUGAUGGUGACUUAACUGCCCAUGUGAGUGAUUUUGGUUUAGCAAGGUUCCUAAAGCAACAUGACAAUGAAAUUUCUCAGUCAUACCAGCUCCCUUCAAAUUAAGGGAACUGUUGGAUAUGCAGCACCAGAAUAUGGCAUGGGAAGUGACCUGUCAACAUACAGUGAUGUUUAUAGCUACGGUAUCCUUUUGUUGGAAAUGUUCACAGGGAAAAUACCCACUGAUGACAUGUUUAAAGACGGCCAGAACCUUCACAAAUUAGCUGAAAUGGCUUCGCCAGAACAAGUGAUGGAGAUUGUGGAUCAGGUACUUUUAUUCAAGGUGGAAGAUGAGGAAGCAACCAGCAGCAACUCUAGGACACAAGCGAAGAUGGAGGUAAUCCAAAAGUGCUUGAUCUUAAUAUUCAGGAUUGGUGUGGCAUGCUCCAUGGAGUGACCUAAAGAUCCGAUGAACAUUUCUAAUGCUUACAAGGAACUGCAGUUGAUUAAGGAAAUGCUUGUUGAGAAUAAUAAUUCCAACUGAUCAUGAGGUAGGCUUUAUUUUUAUCGGUGCCUCAUUUACAUUGGCUAACUUGUCUUGAUAUUGCGAGGUUAUGACAGAUUCUACCUGAGUUCCUCAAACUCUAAGGUUCUAUUUGUUUCACUAGAAUGAGUUGAAAUGGAAUGGAAUGAUCAUUCCUUAAGCUUUCAUAUGGAAUGAUCAUUCCCUUAAAAUGGUUAAUGAUGAUUCCAUUCAUAAUGUAUUUUUGUGAUUAUUUUUUUUACUCAAUCAAAUAUGGGAAUGAACAAUUUGAUGGAAUGUUCAUUCUAUUCCGUUUCAUUCUAAUAAAUCAAACACUAUCUAAUUUCUUCUUCUAGAUUUGCUUGUAUGCUCUGGUUUUUGGUGAACUCAAUUGUCCGACGAGUCUUUCUUUGUGUCAUUGUUUUAAUCAGAUUUUGUUGAUUUUCAAUCUGUUUUAGAGUUCUGAUGGAUUAGGUUGAUUUGAAUUUUGAUCUCCUUUUAUAGAUUAUGAAACCUUAGAUACAAUUUUAUACACACUAGAUAGAAGUGAGUUCAAGAUGUAAACCCUAACUUAAUGUGCGU